AUGGCAUCUCCAAAAAGCUCCCCGAAAAGCGGGGCCAGCUCACCGACUUCUCCGAGUAGGCGUUCGCCGAAGAAGUCGCCAAACGGCCGAAAGCAAGCAGGCAAGCAGGCUGCGGUUGCAGCAGCAACUGAGUUUGUGCCAGAGGGCGACGACAAGAAUGCUCCUGCAGCAUGGAUUCAGUCGGUGCUCCUGCUUCACAACGAAAGACGGGCGGCUCACUGGACGCCUCCCCUGGUCUGGAGCCAGGAGUGCUAUGAGCACGCCAGGAUGCAGGCCCAAGCCUGUGAAACUGCAGAUCGUCGACUGACCAAAAACUUCGUGGAAAGCUUAAGUGGCCGCCAUGGGCAAAACUCCCUGGGCCCUUCGAGGAAGGAGUUGAAGUGGGACCAGGCCGCUGCGGAACACGUGGUGACUCAGUGGUACAGCGAGCUGGAGCAUUAUGACUUCCAUCAUCCUGGCCCGCAGAAGGGUUGCGUCAACUUCAUUCAAAUGAUGUGGGCAGGGACGUGUUCGGUCGGGAUGGCGCUGUCGUCAAACGGCAGGUACUGUGUUGCCAACUACUUCCCUCCAGUUGGCAAUGUCCUGGCGUACAAGUAUGCAAAAAACCUGCAUCCGCCCUGCGACCUUCCACCACCUUGGAUUACACAGGGUGAACAGGACCUACCCGAAAUUUACAAAAAAGUUCCUUGCGCGGAGUCCAACUGGAAGCGCCAUGAGGAGGUGACAGCUCUGCUGGACGAGGGGGCGAAAUACAAACCUCUCGACACCUUGAACGUAGACCUCCCUGACCUAGAUCCAUUUUGA